AAUUUUGACUAUUCUUUGAGGAGAAUUAUCAGUUUUUUACAUUUUGACUGUCUCUUGAGAGGUAUUACUGUUAUUUUCCGUGUCCAAGAUAUUAAUCGUUAAACAUAAACAUGAAUUCAAAGAAAAUUACUCUGUCAAAGAGUAUAUUAGAAAUGAAGUUCAUGAAACGCACAAAAGACAAAGUGGAGAAAGAGCAGUUUCAAGAAGAAGGAGAGGAAUACUUCGGCAGCGAGCUUACAUCACGUAUGAAAAAAGCAUCUGGAAAAUUUCUUAUGGAAUCGAGCUAUGUUUUUUGCGAGAAACUUAAUGAUGGUAGAUUGAGCUUUCAAGGGAUGAAUCCAACUAUAGAAAAAUUAAUGGAAGCAAAGGAGAAUGCUAAACGUGCCAAUGAAGAUGUAAAACAAGAGGCCGAUAUAUCUGAUGAACAAAUGGCUGUUCAAUGGACGAAAAUGCGAGCAAAAUUUGAUACUAUAAACAGACACAGAAAACCGCAACAUAUAAAAACAAAUGAUGAAGACGAACCAUUAAGUAAAAAACCGAAAUUUUUGAAACCUGUAGAUUAA